AUGUACUCCGGUGGUGCUACUGGCACUCACACCCCUCGAUCAUCCCAGAAUCUCCGUCCCCUCAUCCUAUCCCACGGCUCUCUCGAAUAUGCCUUCCUCAUUCCCACAGCUCUCCACUUCCCAGCAUCCCAGCUAAAGGAAGCUUUCACGACCUCUCUUCCAGAGCCGACUGAUGAGCUAGCUCAAGAUGACGAGCCCUCAUCCAACGCAGAGCUUGUGGCUCGGUAUAUUGGCUUCAUUGCAGCGGAGGUCGAGGAGGAUGACGAGGCAACGUCUUUUGCGGAGGUCCUCAAGGUUGCUCUAACAGAAUUCGAACGUGCUUUCAUGCACGCCAAUGAUGUCCACGCCUUAGCUGCCAGUUUGCCUGGAAUCACGGCGAAGAAGCUCAAGGUUGUGCAGUCAUACUACGCCGGCAGGUCUGCUAUUGCUAGGCCCAUCAAACCUCACGACUCCGCGCUCUUCCGAGCGGCCGACGACGAGGACGCGAGCAUCUACACAGUUUUCGGUGGUCAAGGCAACAUCGAGGAGUACUUUGAUGAGCUAAGAGAAGUUUACACCACAUACCCGUCGUUCACCAAAGAGCUGGUCGAGUCGUCUGCUGUGCUGCUGCAAUCGCUGGCAGCCGAGCCGAAGGCCGAUAAGUUCUACUCGAAAGGCCUGGACAUCAUGAGCUGGCUGCGCAACCCCGAUACCCAGCCAGAUACCGACUACCUGGUAUCUGCGCCAGUGAGUCUACCACUGAUUGGACUUGUGCAAUUGGCGCAUUAUCAGGUCACAUGUCGAGCGCUCGGCAAGACACCAGGAGAGAUCAAUGAGCGCUUCAGCGGCACCACUGGGCACUCGCAGGGUGUCGUGACCGCCGCUGCCGUGGCCACUGCAACUUCAUGGGAAAGCUUUGCAAAGGCUGCCAAGGACGCUAUCACCAUGCUCUUCUGGAUUGGCAUGCGCAGUCAACAGGCCUAUCCUCGCACCAGCAUCGCACCUUCCAUCUUGCAGGACUCAGUUGAGGCUGGCGAAGGCACACCCACGCCCAUGUUGAGUGUGCGCGACCUGUCGAGGAAGCAGCUCCAAGCUCAUAUCGAUGCGACCAACGAGCAUCUUCCAACAGACCGUCAUGUCAACAUCUCGCUGAUCAACAGCUCUCGCAAUUUUGUAAUUACCGGUGCUCCCAUUUCGCUGCACGGUCUCAACCUGCGCCUUCGCAAAGUCAAGGCUCCGACAGGCCUCGAUCAGAAUCGUGUACCGUUCACCGAGCGUAAGCAGCGAUUCGUCAACCGAUUUCUGCCAAUCACUGCUCCGUUCCAUAGCCCGCUCCUGAUUCAGGCUGAGAAACAGAUUCUUGAGGACCUUCAAAGCAUCAAAAUUCCUGCCUCUAGGCUCACAAUUCCUGUCUAUGACACCAACUCAGGUGAAGAUCUGCGAUCGCAGCAGUCCAAGGACGUGGUUCCUGAUUUAGUCCGCAUGAUCACCCAAGAUCCAGUUCACUGGGAGCAAGCCACUGUCUUCGAUGGCGCGACUCACAUUCUCGACUUUGGUCCUGGCGGCAUCUCUGGUCUUGGUGUUCUCACCAAGCGCAACAAGGAUGGCACUGGUGUUCAUGUCAUCUUGGCCGGUACCAUGGAUGGUACCAACACCGAGAUUGGCUACAAGCCAGAACUCUUCGAUCGUGAUGAGGAGCACGCUGUCAAAUAUGCCGUUGACUGGCUCAAGGCCCACGGGCCAAAGCUGGCUAAGACUUCUGGUGGUCAGACUUUUGUCGAUACCAAGAUGUCUCGCCUUCUCGGCACCCCUCCCCUGAUGGUCGCGGGUAUGACUCCUUGCACAGUGCCGUGGGACUUUGUUGCCGCAACCAUGAACGCAGGCUACCAGAUCGAGCUCGCCGGUGGUGGCUACUACAACGCCAAGAGCAUGACUGCUGCGCUCAACAAGAUUGAGAAGGCAAUUCCUCCUGGACGUGGUAUCAGUGUCAACUUGAUCUACGUCAACCCCCGUGCUAUGGCAUGGCAGAUUCCUCUGCUUGCUCAGCUGCGUGCUGAUGGUGUGCCCAUCGAAGGUCUGACUAUUGGUGCUGGUGUGCCUUCCAUCGAGGUUGCACAAGAGUACAUCGAUACUCUCGGGAUCAAGCAUAUCAGCUUCAAGCCAGGUUCCAUGGAUGCGAUCCAGCAAGUCAUCAACAUCGCCAAAGCCAACCCGACUUUCCCUGUCUGUCUGCAGUGGACUGGUGGGCGUGGUGGUGGUCAUCACUCUUUCGAGGAUUUCCAUCAGCCUAUCAUCCAAAUGUAUGGACGCAUCCGCAAGUGCGACAAUAUUGUCCUUGUUGCUGGUUCUGGCUUCGGUGGGUCUGAAGAUACAUAUCCCUACCUCACCGGAAAGUGGGCUCACAAGUUCGGCUAUGCGCCAAUGCCCUUCGAUGGCUGUCUAUUUGGCAGCAGAAUGAUGACGGCAAAGGAGGCGCACACCUCUCCCAACGCGAAACAAGCUAUUGUCGACGCUCCCGGUGCCGAAGACAGCGAAUGGGAGAAGUCAUACAAGACUCCUGUUGGCGGCGUCAUCACUGUUCGCUCUGAGAUGGGUGAGCCUAUUCACAAGCUCGCAACUCGUGGCGUUAUGCUCUGGUCGGAAAUGGACAACAAGAUCUUCAGCUUGGACAAGAAGAAACGCGUUGCUGAACUCAAGAAGCAGCGCGAAUACAUCAUCAAGAAACUCAACGAUGAUUUCCAGAAGGUCUGGUUCGGCCGCAACACUGCUGGUGAAACCGUCGACCUCGAGGAUAUGACUUAUGCUGAAGUCGUUCGGCGUAUGGUCGAUCUGAUGUACAUCAAGCAUCAGUCGAGGUGGAUCGAGGUCUCCUUGCGAAACCUUACUGUUGACUUCAUUCGACGUGUCGAGGAUCGCUUCACUGCUGCCGCCAACAAGCCAUCUUUGAUUCAGAGCUACGCCGACUUCGAGAAGCCAUAUGAUGUCGUCGAGAAAGUCUUGGCUGCGUACCCUGAGGCCGAGUCUCAGCUCAUCAACGCUCAGGAUGUUCAGCAUUUCCUACUGCUGUGUCAGAGACGUGGUCAGAAGCCGGUACCUUUCGUCCCCUCCCUGGAUGAGAACUUCGAGUUCUGGUUCAAGAAGGAUUCGCUCUGGCAGUCGGAAGAUCUGGAGGCUGUGAUUGACCAGGAUGUUGGCAGAACCUGUAUCUUGCAAGGGCCUAUGGCUGCCAAGUUCUCGACCAAGGUUGAUGAGCCAAUCAAGGAGAUCCUCGACAACAUCCAUAAUGACCACAUCGCGGCUCUUAUCGAAGACGUCUACGGUGGCUCCGAGGCCAACGUGCCUGUCAUGGAGUAUUUCGGCGGCAAGGUCCUGACCCCGGCCGAAAGCGUCACCGAGCUCGAGGGCGUGCAGGUUAUUCCCGAUGGCUCGCGCAUCACCUACAAAUUGCCAAUCAGCGCUCAGGCACCGCUGCCUGACACCGACGCCUGGUUGCAAGAGCUUGCUGGUCGCAACUACUCCUGGCGCCACGCCAUGUUCACGACGGACGUCUAUGUUCAGGGCGCUCGCUACCAGAACAACCCUCUCCGACGCGUGGUGGCGCCUACUCGGGGCAUGCAGGUUGAGAUUGCGCAUCCUAAAGACCCAUCCAAGACUACGAUCACAGUCAAAGAGCAGCAUGCCUCCGGCAAGCUGGUCAAGACCUUGGACAUCAGCCUCGUCGGCAAGAGCGAAAUCUUGAUGAACAUGUGGGAAGACAGAACUGCCGAGGGUGACUCUGUGCCUCUCCCUUUCCGCUUUGUCUACCGGCCUGAGAUUGGCUAUGCACCUAUUCAUGAAGUCAUGGAAGGGCGCAAUGACCGAAUCAAGGAAUUCUACUAUCGCAUCUGGUUCGGGGAGAAGAAUGUUCCUUUCGACACUCCUACCACCAACACUUUCGACGGUGGUAAGGCCACUGUUGUCACCCAGGAUGUUGUCGACUUCGUUCACGCUGUCGGCAACACUGCCGAAGCCUUUGUCGAUCGCCCUGGUAAGGAAGUCUUUGCGCCCAUGGACUUCGCAAUCGUUGUUGGCUGGAAGGCGAUCACUAAGCCCAUCUUCCCGCGCUCGAUUGACGGUGACCUGCUCAAACUCGUCCAUCUUUCCAACGGGUUCCGUAUGCUGCCUGGCGCGGAGCCACUGAAAGUCGGUGAUGAGGUUCACACCUCUGCUCGCAUCAACGCAGUCAUCAACCAGGAAUCUGGCAAGAUGGUCGAGGUCUGCGGAACAAUCACUCGCAAGGGGCAGCCAAUCAUGGAAGUUACUUCUCAGUUCUUGUAUCGCGGGACCUACACCGACUACGAGAACACCUUCCAGCGAAAGGAAGAAACACCCAUGCAGGUCACCUUGGCUUCGUCUAAGGAUGUGGCUGUUCUCCGCUCGAAAGAGUGGUUCCAUAUCGAUGAGCCUGACAUUGACCUUCUUGGUCAGACCUUGACCUUCCGUCUCCAGUCCCUUGUCCGAUUCAAGGAUAAGACUAUCUUCGAUGAGGUCGAGACUAUUGGCCAGGUACUUCUCGAGUUGCCCACAAAGGAGGUCAUUCAGGUUGCAUCAGUCGAGUAUGAUGCAGGUGUCUCUCAUGGCAACCCAGUUGUCGACUAUCUUCAACGACAUGGCUCUUCUAUUGAGCAGCCUGUCAAUUUCGAGAACGCCAUUCCUCUCAGUGGCAAGACUCCGUUGACACUGAAGGCACCUUCGUCGAACGAGACAUAUGCUCGUGUGUCUGGCGACUACAAUCCCAUCCACGUCUCUCGCAUCUUUGCCAGCUAUGCCAACCUUCCUGGCACCAUAACCCACGGCAUGUACUCCAGUGCCGCAGUGCGAAGCUUGGUCGAGACUUGGGCCGCCGAGAACAACAUUGGUCGUGUCCGAAGCUACCACGUUUCACUAGUGGGCAUGGUCCUGCCCAAUGACGAUCUUGAGGUCAAGCUUGAGCACGUCGGUAUGGUAGCUGGCCGCAAGAUCAUCAAGAUCGAGACUAGCAACAAGGAAACGGGCGACAAAGUCUUGCUCGCUGAGGCCGAAGUCGAACAGCCAGUGUCAUCAUAUGUCUUCACUGGCCAAGGUUCCCAGGAGCAGGGUAUGGGUAUGGAGCUAUAUGCCAGCAGCCCUGUUGCUAAGGAGGUCUGGGACCGUGCUGAUCGUCACUUCAUGGACAACUACGGUCUCUCGAUCAUCAACAUCGUCAAGAACAAUCCCAAGGAACUAACGAUCCACUUCGGUGGACCUCGCGGCAAGGCCAUCCGCCAGAACUACAUGGCCAUGACUUUCGAGACUGUCAACGCGGAUGGAUCGAUCAAGUCGGAGAAGAUCUUCAAGGAGAUCAACGACAACACAACAUCCUACACGUACCGAUCACCCACUGGCUUGCUGUCAGCGACUCAAUUCACCCAGCCCGCCUUGACUCUGAUGGAGAAGGCCAGCUUUGAGGACAUGCGAUCCAAGGGCUUGAUUCAGCGCGAUAGCAGUUUCGCUGGUCACUCUCUUGGCGAGUACUCUGCGUUGGCCUCAAUUGCGGAGGUCAUGCCUAUUGAGAGCUUGGUGUCCGUGGUUUUCUACCGUGGCUUGACUAUGCAAGUCGCUGUCGAGCGUGACGAGCAGGGUCGGUCAAACUAUUCGAUGUGCGCUGUUAACCCAAGCCGCAUCUCCAAGACCUUCAACGAGCAGGCUCUGCAAUUUGUCGUCAAGAACAUCGCCGAGAGCACCGGCUGGUUGGUUGAGAUUGUCAACUUCAACGUCGCCAACAUGCAGUACGUGUGUGCUGGUGAUCUCCGAGCACUCGACUGCAUGACGAAUGUUCUAAACGUGCUCAAGAUGCAAAAGAUCGACAUUCAACAGCUCAUGAAUGAGAUGUCGAUUGAGGAUGUCCAGGAACAUCUUGUUGAGAUCAUCAACGAGUGCAGGAAGAAGACCGAGGCCAAGCCUCAGCCAAUUGAGCUUGAGCGUGGUUUCGCAGUCAUUCCUCUGCGAGGCAUUGAUGUGCCCUUCCACUCGACUUUCCUACGAUCUGGCGUCAAACCAUUCCGAAAUUUCCUGCUCAAGAAGAUUCACAAGUCCAGCAUCGAUCCGCAGAAGUUGGUCGGCGCUUACAUUCCCAAUGUGACUGCCAAGCCCUUCGCUAUCACGAAGGAGUACUUCCAGGAGGUGUAUGAGUUGACCAACUCGCCGAGGAUCGCGAAGGUGUUGGAGGAUUGGGACAAGUAUGAGAAUGCUGGCGACUCGAGACGUCUCAGCACGGCUGCCGUUGCGUAA